GCCGCAACGCCGAAGCGCGCACAUUAAUACGUCAAGAAAUUUGAAGCAGGUGUAGUUGUUAUUGGCGAAACGCAAUUCCUCGGCAUGGCCGCUGCGGUUUCCCAAACGGCAGACGCCUUGAUAGAAGAGCUCAAGCGCGAUGCUGACAAAGGAGAGCUGCUGCUAUGGGCGUCUGCUCGGGGUCUGUCCGCGGACGUUGAGGAGCUGUUUCGUAACGGCGCCGACCCGCUGACUAAAGAUAAGCAUGGGCGCAGCGCGGGCCACUACGCUGCCAGCGGGGGCCACGCCGAGGUGCUGGAGGCGCUGGCAGUGCGGGGAGUUGAUCUGGACGCGGAGGACCCUCUGGGCCGGGGACCGCUGCACUACGCGGCUGCGGGUGGCCAUGCAGCCUGUGUGUCGCUGCUGCUGUCCAAGGGCUGUUGGCGGGACGCCCCUGACGGCGCCGACGACACGCCGCUGCACCUGGCAGCUCGGGCGGGCAGUGUGGCGGCGGUCAAGGCGCUGGUGGAGGCGGGCGCGGUGAUGGCUGUUCGCAACAAGCGCUCUCUGACGCCUUUCGCCGAGGCGGUGUUAGCCGGCCGCAUCCCCGCCGCCGAAUGGCUAGGCGGGCGGGGUGAGGGCGGUCUGGAGGCGGCCCUGCACUGCACGUACAGGGAGGUGCCGCUGCUGCACUUGGCGGCGGGGCUGGGCCAGGCCGCUGCGGUGGAGUGGCUGGUACGACGCCAAUCGGCCGCCGCCCCCACCGGCCCCCCACCCACCUCCUUCACCGUGGCCGACACGCAACUGACCCCCCUGCACGCCGCGGCACUGAGUGGCGAUGAGGCCACAGUGGCGGUCCUGCUGGACUUGGGAGCCGACCCUCUCUCCCAGACCUCUGACGGCAAGCUGCCUCUGGAGCUGGUGCCCAAGGUGGCGCCGCGCAGGCAGCCGCCGCCGCCGCCGCCACCAGGCAGCCUGGCGCUGCCCACGGACGCCGCUGCGGACGCAAAGGCCGCACCUGAGCCGGUUCUGGUGCGGUCGGCUCGGCGGGCGUUCAAGGCGCUGGCUCGGGCGGCCGCCGAACAGGGCGGCGUGGAGGUGCAGCAGGGGGUGGUGGCGAGGCGUGUGUGGGGCGACGCCCUUGCUGAGGCGGACAAGGCUGAGGCGGCUGCGGCUGCGGCCGAGGAGGAGGCGGAGGAGGCGGAGCACCCCGCGGCGGCCUUCCUCAAGUCCUUUGGCGCCAUGAGCCACCCGCAGCAGGUGUCCAAGGUGGAGUCACUGGCGCGGCAGGACGAGCGCCAGCUGGCGCAGCUGCCCUAUCUGCGAGGAGGCAGCGCGGAGGCGCAGGAGGCGGCGGCGGCGCUGGCGGCGUUACGUCAGGCCAUGGCGGUGGUGGAGCUGUUUGCGGCGGUGUCGGCGCUGCGGGCGGAUUACGAGUUCCAGACCGACAUACGGGAUGAGAAAGUGCGGACUGCGCUGGAGGAAGUCAAGAGGACAAACAACCUGGAGCGCUAUGAGGACCAGCCGGCGGUCAUGUCAGUGGCCGCCAAGUUCAAACGACUGCACGGCGUGACUCGCAGGACAGGGCUUAAGGUAGUGAUAGACGACCUGCGUGCGGAGCUGCCGGGUAACGACCCCGCCUCCACCGCCGCCCGGGCCGCGGAGCUGCGGGUCACCCAGGCCGCCUGCGCCGCCAACGCGACCAAGGCCCUGCUCGCUGCAGCCAGCGCCGCGGUUCCCGAGCAUGUGCGCAGCCGGGCGGCCAGCCGGGCCGCCAGCCGCGCACCCAGCCGCGCGGGGGGCUCCGCACCGCCCUCGGCACUGGGGGCUGGCCGGAAGAAAGGGGCGGCCGCGAAAGGGGAGGCGGACAAGAAGAGCGUGGCCGGUACGCCUGCCCCUGCGGCUGCGGUGGCGGCGGCGGCCUCAGGGGCUGGUAUCGCCCAAGCCGCUCUGGCGCCUGCCAUUCCAGAGGCGGGCGAGGACGUGCAGCCGACGGUAGCCGCAAGGGGGCCGGGGCCGGUGGCGGAGGGCGGGGAUGGCCAGCGACAAUCGGCGGCCCUGCCGCCUGAGGCACUGGAGGCGGAGCUGCGGCGGCGGAAGGAGGAGGAGCGCGCGUUCCAGGAGCGUCUGGCCAACAAGAUGCGAGUGGACAAGCUGCGGGCCGCCGCCACAAGCGCCUGGGUCACGGCGCAUUCCAAGGAGGACGACGACAUCGGCUAUGUCGACAAGUUCGCCGCCAAGUUCGAGGUGGAGGCGUCCAAGGCGGAGGGCACCUACCGCAAGACCCUGGCGGACUACAUCGGCGAGGAGGCCGCCCAGUCGCUGCGCCAGACGGGUUUGGCGCUGCUGUUUGCGCUGCUGGGCUUCGGGCUGAUGUGGCUGCUGGGCCUUAUGCCGCACCAGCAAACCUCAUCGCUGCUGGCGCGGCAGGCGGUGGUUGAGGCGGCGCGGAAGGCGCAAGAGGCGGCGGCGGCGCUGGCGGGGCUGGAGGGGAUGGAGGGGCCGGCGGAGGAGGCUGGCGGGCCGCGGGCUGCGGCUGCGGCUUCGGCCAUGAUGGGCGCGGACGCCGAGUACCGGGAGGGGGCAAGCGCAGGGGGAGGCACUUGCCCGGGGGUGUGAGGCGGCGGAAUAGGUCCCCACUGGAGGUCUUCCAGGCGGCGCCUUUGCCGCCGGACUCAGGCACGAGUGCAACCAUGGGCAACGGGCGACUGGCGCUGACUGGCGUUUGAGUCUGAUAGUGGUCGUGUAGAACGAAGCAUCUUAGAGCUGGGGAUCAGGUCACUCGAGGUCAUGUGUUCUAUGGGGACGGAGGGAAGCAC